UAAACAUUUUUUUCGAUCCGUCCUUCUUCUUUCCGCGGCGCCUCCGCCGUGAAGCUCAUCGCCUACGACGGCGACACCCGGAGCAUCACCGGAAGGCACCUCGCCGGCGAGAUCAUGUCCGAGUUCGCUGAUCGCAUGGAAAUUUGAAGAAGAUUGGGUAAGGACAAACGCGAAGAUGACGAGAAAAAGGCUAUACCCUAAUUCAGGCGCAGCGGGUUAAGGGAUUGAUGAAUAUAUGGUAAGUGAUCAGAAUAGGAAAAUUUAAUUCAAGAAUAUACCAAAUCCCAACCUAGCCAAUUGUAAUUCGAAUUCAAUUGAGCCCUUCUUGGUUGGCUUCGUUCACACUGGCUCAAUACACAUGAACCCUAAUCCAUCUGUGGAGUGGAGCGGCAGCCGCAGACAGAUUUAUAUAUGCUUACCUAAAAUCUUCAUUGCAUUCACAACGACUCGGUGGGCGCUCGCUCCCUAUCUCUCGCCCUCUCUAAUUCAAGAGUUUCUUGUUUUCUCCGCCCAAGUUGAGUUUGGUGAAGUUUUGCCGGCCGUGAGUUGGAGUUGGCGGUGGAAGAUUUGUGGAUAUUGAAAACCCUUGCACUGCCAUGGAAGAAGGGCACAGAGACGGCAAAUCAUCUGAGAUUCACUUGGAAAAUGAUAAAGUCUUGGCUGAGAAGAACAGGACGAGAACAAUGAAGACUCCUGCACAGAUUCAAGCAUUGGAGAACUUUUAUUCGGAAAAUAAAUACCCAUCAGAUACGAUGAAAGCAGAAAUUUCUGAGGUGACAGGCUUGACGGAGACGCAAGUAUAUGGAUGGUUUUGUCACCAGAGGUUGAAAGACAAGGAGCUUCAUUUUAGCUCUGUAGCUGGAGGGCCGGAGCACUCGAGUGGAGUAGUGCAAGAUCAUGGCAGUGGGCAUAGGCCAGAUUCUUGCGGCAGUACAAAACUAGGAGGUUUUGAUACCAAGGAAGUCGAAAGUGGUAGGGUAAUUCUUCCACAACUUUCAGGUGCGGAACUCGUGAUUUCUGGAAAGAAAAGAAGUGUAUACGACACAUCGUCCGGGUGUAGUUCAUCAUUGAGGGCCCUGCCUGGCAAUAAUAUACUAAAGCCCACCUAUAUGGAGAAUUCCCGAUACUUACCUCCGAAGUCUUCUCUGGAUAUACCUGCUGCAAAACGUAGGUCAGGCCCUUCGGGUUAUUUAAAGCUGCUGAAUCGCCCCUCUGAAAAUCCUGCUGUAACUGCUGUCAAAAAACAGCUGGGAAGCCUCUAUACAGAGGAUGGUCCUACACUCGGUGUCGAUUUUGACAGUCCUCCUCCCGGUUCCUUCAAAUCAAAACAGGUUCAAGUUCAUGAAAACUACGGUAGGAGAGAAGGCAUUUCACCUGCUCCAGGUGGUAUUUUGAAUCUCGACCAGCACCCCAAGUUUGGAAAGGGAUUUGAGAUCGGCUCCAGCGGACCAUCACUUGGAAUGAAAAGGGAUAGAGCAAGUUUUAAGGUCCCUCAAGGAUCGGAUGGGCUGGACAUUGUCGGGCACCAAAAUGUUUCAACCAGCACGUGCGACAAUAUCUGGAUUCUCGCACUUCCGCGCAGAGGGAGUGCAAAGGGAUCAAGGAUAGGCAAAACCGGUGGCAGCAAGAUCAAGAUUCCCAAGAAGAACGAUAUCAUUGCUUUAAAAAGGCCCCUGGACGGACUUCCUCCUCCGCAGCAGGAACCAUCAAUAAAGAAACAAUCUGUGGCACCCGCCUGCGACGCAACCGAUCCAGCCAUAAGGUCUGGUGGCGAGCCCGGGAUCGGAGGUAGCGUUAGUGAUGAAAAGGAGGCGAAAAGUGGAGCAGAGACAAGUUCUUCUGUGGAUUGAAGAACUCCAAAGAUUGGCUUUAACGUGAGGUUUUGAACUGAGUUUAGUGUUUAUGUUUUGGAUUAUUGAGGUAGAAUGAUAUGUAUGACUGUGAGCAGUGGUGGCGGCGGCUGUGGUGGUGGUGGUGGGGUGGGAAACACUCACCCCAACCCUGUUGUUGUAUAGUUUUGUUGUUGAUAAUUACUAUCAACAAUUUUUUGCCUCAAAUGUUUUGUUGUACAGCAUUGUUGAUUUAUUUCCCUUUCUACU